CUCAGUUCACUCCACCCUCCACAGUUUGCUCUCCUACAAAAACCAUUGGUUCCUGGAAAGUUGAGCCAUGAAAACCCUGCAUAAUUGACUAACAUCCACAAAAAACUUACAGGGAAGCAGGUGGGUAUGGCGGUCACAGGCAAACCCACGACGUCGGUUUCCCUUACCCAUCUUCCACCUUUGUUAUUCUCUCCUAUCCCUAGACCGGCCAGUGUUGUUUCUGUCAGAGGCCGAUCGGGUACGUCCAAGUUUGCUAGAGUCAACGCAAACUUUGUUCCUUCCAAGGGUGGAGCUGGGAUUUUAGAGCGCCCCACUUUUGAUCAAUCCCAGUUUGACCCUUCUACUCAAGUUCUUGAAGGAGGUGAUGUUGGGAGAUUGAAGAAUAAGAAAGGGGUUGGGAGUGGAGAUAGUUAUAGAGUUCUGCUGAUGGAUGAUAUUCGUCAUACUGAGAACUUGGUUGCAAAGAUCUUACCCCAAGUUAUUCCGUCUGUAACACCCAAUGAUGCAAGAAGAUUAUUUAAUGAAUCACGGGAAAAUGGUGUGGCAGUUGUUAUCGUGACGGUUAAGGAGCACGCCGAAUUUUAUUCUCAAAUGAUGAUACGCGGGGGAUUGCGGUCAACAAUUGAGCCAGAUACAAAUGUGUUGUGAUGCUAUAAAUUCCUGAAGCUGCAAGCAUUCAUAAUAGAUGGAUGGAACAAUUUUGAAUUUCAGAAGUACUCAGGUCAAAUAUAGUACAUAAAUUUAUUGGAGAGAAGACAAGUAGAAAGGAUAGGCUUUUGAGGACAUUACCAAAGAAUUUUGUUGUGAGAGCAUAUGGUUUUUGUAGCUGUAUAAUUUUGUAUUAAAAAAGCAAAAACUAUUAUACAUCUUGAUCAA